UUGUAGUGCUUAUGAUUUUUACCUUUAUAUUUUUUUUUACAUGGACAUAAUUUCUUUUUAUUUUGUACGAGGGGGCAAGCUCAAGUGAAGAUAAGAAAUUAUCGUAUCCACGCCUACAAUAUCUGAGCGGAAGUUCUAUCAUCCUCAGUGCGAAACUGUCUUUUGAGUAUACAAUAUACAUAUUAUACCCUCCGCUUGUCUCGACUAAACAAAAAGAUUGUGAGUUAUGACGGCUAAAACGCGACUCAUUCGUUUUACAUUAUUUUUCAUUAUUUAUGUAAGCAUCAAUUUGUUAAUAGCCAAAUUGAGAAGCAAUGGUUCAAUUUAUGAUAACGUAUUAAAGGUUUUGAGAAAUCCUAAAAUAAAUUUAAAAAAACAUAAAAUUGGUAUUGAAGAAGAAAUUAGUAUUACUAGGAAUACUUUUACUGUGCAGGAAAAUGCAUUUUUCUAUUUUGAGAAAGAGCAAAAAGAGACUAAACAAAUUUCGGAAACUUGUAUAGAAAAUAAUUUAACUACUUUUGUUGAUAAAACCAAUUUUGCGUACAGUCCCGAGCAUAAAGGAUUAUAUUGUUGGAUCAAAAAAGCGGGCUCAUCCAACUUUAUAAAAUUAUUUUCAAAUACGAAUAGUCAAAUGGACUCGUACGAUAUUCAUAGAGAAUUUCAACUAUUGGCCCCCACAACGGAUAAGUUAUUGAUUAAUUCAAUACAAGAUCCAAAAAUAUUUAAACUCUUGAUAGUUAGGCAUCCAUUCGAAAGGCUUGUCUCUGCGUAUAGAGACAAAAUAGAAGAUAAUUCAAAGUACACAGCAGAAUCACAUAUUUAUGUUCCGAAAAUAUUUAGUAUAACGAGACCAAAAUUAUUGCAAUCUGAACCUAUUGAUGAUUCUUUAGUAAAAACAUUUUACGAAGAUAAGAGAUUGAAAUUAGUGCCAUCGUUUGGUGAAUUCGUUCAAUGGCUUCUACAGCAAGAUUCUAAUAAAGAUGAUCUACAUUGGAAUCAGUACUAUAAGCAUUGUGCACUUUGCUCCGUUCAUUAUAAUUAUGUAUUAAAAUUAGACAAUUAUACAAAUAAUGAAAUCAGUUACCUUUUCACCCGAAUGAAUUUAGACAAAACGAAAAUAAGUCUGCUCAAGUUGGAACAGACAAAGAAAGGUCAUACGAAUUUUGACGAGACUUGCAAUUACUUUAAGAAUCUCACUCACGAGGCAGUGGUAAAUUUGUACGAAAAAUAUAAAAUUGACUUUGAUAUGUUUAAUUACGAUUUUGAUAAAUAUUUUGAAUGUACAGAUGGGGAUUAAACAUAGAAGUCAACGAUGUACUUUAUUUUUUUAAUAAUUUUUAUUUAGAAAAAGUUAUUAUCUUAUGAAACAGCGCGCAUUUAUUUAAAAUAUGCUUUCUUCCAUGAAAACAAAUAUAAAGGUAUUACUUAAAUUUCUUUUUUUUUUAAUACACAUAUAUGAAUUACUUUAUCAUGCUAUGAUAAUAUACAACAGAAAACAAAUUAUUCGAUUACAUUAAUAAACCUUUAUAAAACUAAAACUGAUCUUCGAUAUUCGUUCUUUUUUGCAA